ACAGAACAACAACCAGACAAACAUACAUAAUUCUAUCAUCUACCCUAAGAUUUGACAUACAGUUACUCGCACUAGAAAAUGCACAAUAAUUCGCUAACCAUAUUCGGGCAUAUUGCCUAUAAUGACCAAAAAGAUAAUUUGCCCCGCGAAUUGUCCACAUCAAGUUUCCAUAUAACAACUAAAUAAAAAAAACUCCCUAUCAUCUUGGCUAAAAUGACUAUAGAAAAAAAGUAACAAAAAACCGACAUAAUCUGGGAGUGAAAUUCAAAAUACAAUGAAUAAAAGGGCAGAAAUGCACACUAGACUUUCAUUUUUCUCCAUGAGCAUGUUAUCUAGAGCUCGCCACGACCCUGUUUUAUCUACCAUUGUUCUCCAUCUUCAUCAUCGAGUAUGCCUCUACUGCUACCUCUGCUCCACCCUCCUUCGAUUUUGUUCUUCCAUUUUACACAUGUCAUAUGCUUCCCAUUUCCAGAAGCCUCCCUUGCAUCAUAGACAGAAGCAUGUUCCACCGGGGUUCCCAAUACUGGGGACUUUUCCGUUCCAACCAUCAUGUUUAUCCUCUGCUUGUUGCCCUUCUCUAGAGAAAGCCAUUUAUUCCCCCUAGCUACUUUCACUGUUAUGCCCAUUCUUAGCCUGCAACCACGACCAGAACUCCUUACUUUGCUCCGAAGUGGGUUGUCCUAGAAUCUGAAGGCAGAACCUAUCUGCCUGGCCAAUGAUACCACAUGUAAUUAAAAAAAAGUUUGGAAAUUUUUCGUAUUCUUCUUCAGAUGCCUCCCUGUGUCUAGACACACCCUAAUUCUCAAGUAAGCCCUCCAACGUCCUUCAAACUGAUUCUUAUCUAACUUGGCAAAUCCUCCUAAAGAGUUACCAAUAAGUUUUGCCACCUUUAGAGUCAAGUAACCAACUGGCAGGUUAUGAACUUGAGUCCGAAAUUCCGAUAAAAUUAGCGAAACUUUCAAAGUCAGAUCAUCAGCUUUUAAAGCACGCAAAACUACAUGAUUUUCGUCGUAUGACCACGUGCCAUAUUCAAUAACAUGUUUCAUAUCAAUUUCAUGACAGAAGGAGAAUAAAUACCCUUUUCGCUGAUCUUCUUAAUAGAAACACACCUACUAAAUCUCCAAAUUGACGCGAGUACAUCCCUAAACAGCAAAAUUUAACUGCCUUAUCAGCAACAAUCGUAUCAACCCGUGACCACUCCGUAAAUCCCCCUCUUGGUCAUCGUUAUCAUUCACAUCCGGCAAAACAAUCCCUGCAUCUUCAUAAAUUCAGGGCCGGUCCUAGCUAAGGGGGAGGGCAGCAGGGGCGACCGCCCUAGGCU